GCGGGUUUUCGGCGGGGCCAACCCACGGUGCGGGGAGCGCGGCCAUGGCGCUCCUGCUCUCGGUGCUGCGUGUACUGCUGGGCGGCUUCUUCGCGCUCGUGGGGUUGGCCAAGCUCUCAGAGGAGAUCUCGGCUCCAGUUUCGGAGCGGAUGAACGCCCUGUUCGUGCAGUUUGCUGAGGUGUUCCCGCUGAAGGUAUUUGGCUACCAGCCAGAUCCCCUGAACUACCAAAUAGCUGUGGGCUUUCUGGAACUGCUGGCUGGGUUGCUGCUGGUCAUGGGCCCACCGAUGCUGCAAGAGAUCAGUAACUUGUUCUUGAUUCUGCUCAUGAUGGGGGCUAUCUUCACCUUGGCAGCUCUGAAAGAAUCACUAAGCACCUGUAUCCCGGCCAUUGUCUGCCUGGGGUUCCUGCUGCUGCUGAAUGUCGGCCAGCUCUUAGCCCAGACUAAGAAGGUGGUCAGACCCACUAGGAAGAAGACUCUAAGUACAUUCAAGGAAUCCUGGAAGUAGAGCAUCUCUGUCUCUUCAUGCCAUGCAGCUGUCACAGCAGGAACAUGGUAGAACACAGAGUCUAUCAUCUUGUUACCAGUAUAAUAUCCAGGGUCAGCCAGUGUUGAAAGAGACAUUUUGUCUACCUGGCACUGCUUUCUCUUUUUAGCUUUACUACUCUUUUGUGAGGAGUACAUGUUAUGCAUAUUAACAUUCCUCAUGUCAUAUGAAAAUACAAAAUAAGCAGAAAAGAAAUUUAAAUCAACCAAAAUUCUGAUGCCCCAAAUAACCACUUUUAAUGCCUUGGUGUAAGUAUACCUCUGAACUUUUUUCUGUGCCUUUAAACAGAUACAUAUUUUUUUAAAUGAAAAUAAAACCAUAUAUCCUAUUUUAUUUCCUCCUUUUAAAACCUUAUAAACUAUAACACUGUU